GUGGCUGUGACGUCAUAAGUAGCGGCCGCACCGAGGAGGUAGUAGGGGAGGUGUCAGGGGCGCUAGGCGCGUGCUCCCGGCCAGGUUCUCAGCAGCGAACCCCCGCAGGCUAAGGCCCGUCCAGAAGCGCCCGACACGCCAAGCCCGGCGCACAGGGCCGGGGCGCUCAGACGCUCCUCCCCCUUGUCUUUGUGCCCGCCGGCAUUCCCGGUUCUGGCAGUUCUCUCCUUUUCCAGAUCAUCUUGGAAGACCAAGGGCUCAAAAAUGUUUCCUUUGAAGGAUGCUGAAAUGGGCGCCUUUACAUUCUUUGCUUCUGCUCUUCCACAUGAUGUUUGUGGAAGCAAUGGACUUCCUCUCACACCAAAUUCCAUCAAAAUUUUAGGACGCUUUCAAAUCCUUAAGACCAUCACCCAUCCCAGACUGUGCCAGUAUGUGGAUAUUUCUAGGGGAAAACAUGAAAGACUGGUGGUGGUGGCUGAGCACUGUGGACAGAGUUUGGAAGACUUGCUUCGAGAAAGGAAGCCUGUGAGCCAUUCAAAGGUUUUGUGCAUAGCAUUUGAAGUACUUCAGGGCUUGCAGUACAUGAACAAACAUGGUAUAGUACACCGGGCACUGUCUCCUCAUAAUAUCCUGUUGGAUCGAAAGGGUCAUAUUAAACUGGCUAAAUUUGGACUUUAUCACAUGACAGCUCAUGGUGAUGAUGUAGAUUUCCCAAUAGGGUAUCCAUCAUAUCUGGCACCUGAGGUCAUUGCACAAGGAAUUUUCAAAACAACUGAUCAUGUGCCAAGUGAAAAACCAUUGCCUUCUGGUCCCAAAUCAGAUGUGUGGUCUCUUGGGAUAAUUUUAUUUGAGCUUUGUAUAGGAAGAAAAUUAUUUCAGAGCUUGGAUAUAUCCGAAAGAUUAAAAUUUUUGCUUACUUUGGGGUGUGUAGAUGACACUAUAAUAGUUCUGGCUGAGGAGCAUGGUUGUCUGGAUAUCAUUAAGGAGCUUCCUGAAAAUGUGAUAACUGUUUUGAAGAAGUGCCUCACCUUCCAUCCUUCUAAGAGGCCAACCCCAGAUGAAUUGAUGAAGGACAAAGUGUUCAGUGAAGUGUCACCUCUGUACAUCCCUUUUAUCAAAACUGCCAGUCUGUUUUCAUCUUCUCUGAGAUGUGCUGACUUAACUCUGCCUGAGGAUAUCAGUGACUUGUGUAAAGGUGUAAACAGUGAUUACCUGGCAGAAAGAUCUAUUGAAGAAGUUUACUAUCUUUGGUGUUUGGCUGGAGGUGACUUGGAGAAAGAACUUAUAAACAAGGAAAUCAUUCGAUCCAAACCACCUAUCUGCACACUCCCCAAUUUUCUCUUUGAAGAUGGUGAAAGUUUUGGACAAGGCCGAGACAGAAGCUCACUCUUAGAUGAUACCACUGUGACAUUAUCUUUAUGCCAGCUAAGAAACAGAUUAAAAGAUGUUGGUGGAGAAGCAUUUUAUCCAUUACUUGAAGAUGACCAGUCUAAUUUACCUCAUUCGAACAGCAGUAAUGAGUUGUCUGCAGCUGCUACCCUCCCUCUAAUCAUUAGAGAGAGGGAUACAGAGUAUCAACUACACAGAAUUAUUCUCUUUGAUAGGCUGUUGAAGGCUUAUCCUUAUAAAAAAAAUCAAAUUUGGAAAGAAGCAAGAGUUGACAUUCCUCCUCUUAUGAGAGGUUUAACCUGGGCUGCUCUUCUGGGAGUUGAGGGAGCUAUUCAUACCAAGUAUGAUGCAAUUGAUAAAGACACUCCAAUUCCUACAGAUAGACAAAUUGAAGUGGAUAUUCCUCGCUGUCAUCAAUACGAUGAAUUAUUAUCAUCACCAGAAGGUCAUGCAAAAUUCAGACGUGUAUUAAAGGCUUGGGUAGUAUCUCAUCCUGAUCUUGUUUAUUGGCAAGGUCUUGACUCACUUUGUGCUCCAUUCCUGUAUCUAAAUUUCAAUAAUGAAGCCUUGGCUUAUGCAUGUAUGUCUGCUUUUAUUCCCAAAUACCUAUAUAACUUCUUCUUGAAAGACAACUCACAUGUAAUACAAGAGUACCUGACUGUGUUCUCUCAGAUGAUUGCAUUUCAUGAUCCAGAGCUGAGUAACCAUCUCAAUGAGAUUGGCUUCAUUCCUGAUCUGUACGCCAUUCCCUGGUUUCUCACUAUGUUUACUCAUGUGUUUCCACUGCACAAAAUUUUCCACCUCUGGGAUACGUUACUACUUGGAAACUCCUCUUUCCCGUUCUGUAUUGGAGUGGCCAUUCUCCAGCAGCUGCGAGACCGGCUUUUGGCCAAUGGCUUCAAUGAAUGCAUUCUUCUCUUCUCUGAUUUACCAGAAAUUGAUAUUGAACGCUGUGUACGAGAGUCGGUCAACCUGUUUUGCUGGACUCCUAAAAGUGCAACAUACAGACAGCAUGCUCAGCCUCCAAAGCCAACUUCUGAGAACAGUGGAGUCCGAAACACGCCGCCAUACUUCUCUGCUGACUGUGCAGAUCCUCCAAAGACAGACCUGUCAAGAGAAUCCAUCCCAUUAAAUGACCUAAAAUCAGAACUGUCACCCCGGAUUUCAGCAGAGGACCUGAUUGAAUUGUGUGAGCUCACGGUGACAGGCCACUUCAAAACACCCACCAAGAAAACGAAGUCCAGCAAGCCAAAGCUCCUGGUGGUUGACAUCCGAAAUUCUGAAGACUUUAUUCGGGGCCACAUUUCAGGCAGCAUCAACAUCCCAUUCAGUGCAGCAUUCACAACAGAAGGAGAGCUUAGCCAAGGCCCUUACACAACUAUGCUCCAGAACUUCAAGGGGAAGGUCAUUGUUAUCGUGGGACACGUGGCAAAACACACAGCAGAGUUUGCAGCUCAUCUUGUGAAGAUGAAAUAUCCAAGGGUCUGUAUUCUAGAUGGUGGCAUUAAUAAGAUCAAACCAACAGGCCUCCUCACUGUCCCAUCUCCUCAGAUAUGAAGGACCAACAGUGUGGCUGAGAAAAGAACCCUGUGGCAUCACCCUGAAGCACAGCUCUUUGGAGCCAUAUCGCAUGAGACGAGUGAUAUCAAGAUCAUUGAAUUGCCAUGGUUUUUUCAUGAGAGACUUUCGUAAAUCUUUUGCCUCAAAUGUUCAGCUAUCCAGGCAAGAAGCUUGACUGUACAUGUACUGCUGAAAGAAGGUUCUUAACAGUGAGAUCUGAUCGUGUAUUUUUACCACACUGCCACAUGAAGCCAGAGGAAUUCAGCUGACAAGAGAGAUUUAGCAUUAUCACAAAAUCUCAGUUCCACCGAGAAAGCUGCCCUCCAUUGCACUGAACAGACUGUCCCAACAAAGGUGUUUAGAAAUACAGACCAAAUAUGACCUGAAACCAUCACCUCUUCAUGAUAACAGAAACUGGAAAGCUAUUCACAAUGUACUCCUUAUAAAUAAAUGGGACAUUUGGGAACUCGCUUAACCCAAACAAGUCAUUUGUAUAUACUCAUACAGGUAUGUGUUUAGAGGGAGUAGUAGUUCACUGCAAAAAGUGCUAAUAGCACUCUCAGAAACCAGUCAGAUUUGCUAGAUUAUCUAUCCACUUCUGUAGCAGGAACUCAAAGAAUGGCUCAAAUCACUUUUCUAGUCUAUCUUCACACAAAAGUCUGCAUGGUUGAUGGGGGACUGCAGUUUUUUCUUUGUAAUUAUAUGAAGCCCGAAUCUUCCUGCUUUACCAAUCAGAAGUUUGGGUGGAAAGAUUCCUCAGCUCCCAUCAUUGUAUCUGCUGGAAGGAAGGGAAGGAAAGGGAAAGGGAGACAGAGGAAGGAAGUAGGAAGGGAAGAAGGAAGGAGGAGGAGCAGGGAGGAAGAAAGAGGCUGUUCUCCUUCCUUUCAAAGGCACAGACUGGAUUUUGUGCACAUUUUUGUCUUCGUAGCCCUGGCCUAGUAGAUGACAAAGCAAGCUGAGGGUGCCAUUGUCCACUGAGUGCUCUCUCCCAGCUCAGAAACUCUCACUACUGUGUGGAAAGAAGAAAAUCAUAUUGGUAGCCAGCUAGUAGCCUCUGCCUCUGCCUCUGCCUCUGCCAUGUUAUAUAAAAAAUUAAAUCCUGAGCUUUACUGACUCUAAGACAUGAUAAUUUAUGCACCACAAAUAUGUAACCUAAUAAACUAAGAUAUGCCAUCA